UUAUAUCAUUGUUAUUCUUCGAGUGGUCUUUUGUUUUUUAACAUGCUGCGACAGUUUUUGGUAUCUACAGUGGGCCGUCGCCUGGCGUUGCCUAUGUUUGCUCAAAAUCGUUCUGCCAGCAAUUUGGACAAAACGGAAUUCACAACGCCCGGCGAGAUUGUGGACUACGAUGAUCCGCCGCACCUGCCCGUGCCGGAGUAUCCAGCCCGUCCUGAUGAGCCCCUGGAAACACGCAAGCAGCGACUCCUCUAUCAGAGCCGUAAGCGCGGCAUGCUGGAGAAUGAUCUCCUGCUGAGCACCUUUGUGGCCAAGUUCCUAAAGGACUUCAAUGCCGAUCAGACCGCUCAGUAUGAUCGUUUAAUUAAUGGGGUUAGCAACGAUUGGGAUAUAUUCUAUUGGGCCACCGAAACCAAGCCCACGCCUCCGGAAUUCGAUACGGAAAUAAUGAGAAUGCUCAAGGAGCAUGUCAAGAACGCGGAGAAGGUGCAGCGAAUUAGGCAGCCGGAUUUGUAAAUGUAAAUAUCGAGCUAAAACUGCAUUUUUUUGUAAUAUUAAAACCUCUGUUUUUGUUCUAAUUUAUAAAAAUAUUUAAACAUAAUUUUACUAAAUUUUUCCCAUUUUAAUGCCACAAGAUUAAAGAUCAAAGUUUUCUUUAAUUUCUAUUGGUGAAAUGAUUAAAAUUUGGAUAAAAUUUUGAGGAGUAAAUAAAUAAGAAUACUUGUAAA